CGAAAAUUGUACAUUGCGGAAUUAUUCAGUUAUCCUGUAGUUGGGGAGUAUCGAAAAUAUGGUGAAUGGCUUAAGUCAAGUGUUUGAAGGAAAGUUCGGAGUUGGUGAUGUUGAAACGAAAAUAGUUUGAGUCCAUCGUCAUCACAAAAAUAGAGAAGAAGAAACUGGACGUGGAAUUGAAUGGAAUUGACCCAAGAAUUGAAUGCUGGAAUUGAAUGCGUUACAUUAAUUGUUUCAAACGAUAACAAAGAAUGAAAAUUUGGAUCGACCGCGAAAAACUAUUAGGGGAAGGUGGCUUUGGUAUGGUAUGCAAAGGGAAGUUAUGGAAUAGUUAUGGUAGGAUAUUUAGAGGGAUAUUCAGAGGCCGUGAAGUGGCAGUAAAACGAGUUGAAAAACGAUUUGCCAAAAAUAUAGAAGAAGAAGCAAUGCUAAAGUUAGAUCAUCCAAACAUCGUCAAACUUUUUCACUGUGAAAAGGACAAAGACUUCAUGUACUACGCACUGGAAUUAUGCGACGCUUCUUUAGAUCAAGUUUUCCUGAAAAAGGAUGAUGCCAAAAAAUACAACGGACCUAUGCCACCUCCAAUCAAAAUAUUUCGUCAAUUAGCUACAGGCCUGGCAUACAUCCAUUCAGAGAAAUUAAUUCAUCGAGACAUUAAACCCCACAACAUCCUCAUUAUGCGAAAGCCUGGAGAAGAUAAAGAGAUAAUAUUUAAAUGGUCUGAUUUUGGACUGGCCAAAUCCGUAAACGAAAAAGGAAAACAUUCGUGGACUGGAGUGAGAGGAACGCGAACUUGGUACGCACCCGAAGUGCUGAAAAAACUCAUCAAGGAAGAAAAGGCGAAAAACAAAGAGUUUUGGGGCACCGUCAAUAGCGACGUAUUUGUCCUCGGCCUCGUUUUCGGUUAUAUUUUGUUGGAGGGAGAACAUCUAUUCGGUUCAAAUGAAAAAGAAAUUCACAAGAACAUAAUUCGAAACGAUCCGGUGAAUAUGACGAAUAUUGAUGGCGAAUUGCGCAAAUAUUAUGAGAAUAACUUACUAACGCCAAUGUUGGAAUACGAUCCGGAGAUAAGAAUAAAUUCGACAGAAAUCGCCCUACGACUGGAAUAUAUUAAGAAUAAACUGACUGGAAAAGAAAAAGAAUUUCACCAGCUUUGUGCUACUGACUCUUCACCAGAUCUAGUUGGAAGAAUCAACGACUUUAUUCGCCUUGGAAUUGACGUCAAUGCAAAGGGCGAAAGGGGACAGAAUGCGCUCCAUUAUUUGUGUAAAUCAAAUUCAAGCCCAAAUUUAAUUGACGCUAUUCAACUCUUAAUCCAACUGGGAAUUGAUGUGAACGCAAAGGACAAUGAUGGAUGGAAUGCGCUCCAUCAUUUGUGUUGGUCAGAUUCAAGCCCAAAUUUAAUUGACGCCAUUCAACUCUUAAUCCAACUGGGAAUUGAUGUGAAUGCAAAGGACGAUAAUGGACAGAAUGCGCUUCAUUAUUUGUGUUUAUUAAAGUCAAGCCCACAUUUAAUUGACGCUAUUCAACUCUUAAUCCAACUGGGAAUUGAUGUGAAUGCAAAGGACGAUGAUGGAUGGAAUGCGCUCCAUUUUUUGUGCCAAUUCAAUUCAAGCCCAAAUUUAAUUGACGCCAUUCAGCUCUUAAUCCAACUGGGAAUUGAUGUGAAUGCAAAGGACAUUUGGGGAGAGAAUGCGCUCCAUUAUUUGUGCCAAUUCAAUUCAAGCCCAAAUUUAAUUGACGCCAUUCAACUCUUUAACCAACUGGGAAUUGAUGUGAAUGCAACGGACGAUGAUGGAAAGAAUGCGCUCCAUCAUUUGUGUGCAUGGAGUUCAAGCCCAAAUUUAAUUGACGCCAUUCGACUUUUAAUCCGACUGGGAAUCGACGUGAAUGCAAAGGACAAUUUUGGAAGGAAUGCUCGAACUUUUUUACGCAAUAACCAAUGGAUUAGGAACAAGGACGAAAUCCUAAAACUACUCGACUCAGCACCUGUUGUUUAAAUCGUCUCUAGGCGAUGCAAUGCACUUUGACGAUGAAAAAUUAAAAUAUGGCAACUGUCGCAUAUUUUGAAUUCUUUCAUCUUUUACCCCUAGAAAACUCAAAUUUCCCGCAUUCUUGGCUGUUUUACUAAGGAUACCUAAUUUCACUUUCGGAAAUACAAAAAUGUCUGCAUGGCUGUAGAGUCUUGCCAAUUUAUUAUUCCUUUAGCCAAGUUGGUUGCGAAUCAUUUAACAAAAAGCCUAAAAACCAACUGGUGAUUCAAUAUCGGAUUGACAAGCU